UUAAAGCGAACUAACCCAGGUGAAUCUCUCUCUCUCUCUCUCUCUCUCUCUCUCUCUGUCUCUCUCCUUAGUCUGUCCAUUAGUCAACCAACUCCUUCCUUCUUCCUUAAACUUCCCUCUCUCACUGUUGGAUACAAACACCAUUUCAGUUUGCAUCAGGAAAAGAGCCUUCCAAUCCAGUUCCACGCAUACCCACCGCCAUGGCUCUGCUCAGAGCCCUGCUUCUGUUGUUUGCAUUGGCCGCGUGCUCUGUUUGUCGGGGUCACUUCAUAGUGGAGAAGAGCAGCAUCAAGGUUGUCUCGCCGCCGGCUCUGAGGUCGAAGCGGGAUGGAGCCAUCGGCAACUUCGGAGUGCCCAAGUAUGGAGGCACCCUGGUUGGCUCCGUGGCCUAUCCUGGCAAGGGUGUUUCCGACGGUUGUGAGGCCUUUGAUGGCGAUAAGCCCUUUAAGUUCGAGCCCCUUCGACCCACCAUCCUCCUCCUUGACCGUGGAGGUUGCUAUUUCGCGAAGAAAGUGUGGAACGGCCAGCAGGCUGGAGCUGCCGCAGUGCUGGUCGCUGAUAACAUAGAUGAGCCUUUGAUAACCAUGGAUUCACCCAUGGAGAGCACCGAUGCUGAUGGAUACAUCGAGAAGAUUGGAAUCCCAUCGGCUCUUAUAGAGAGGUCGUUCGGGGAGAGCUUGAAGCAAGCGUUGAAUAAAGAUGAACAUGUCAUAAUAGAACUGGACUGGAGAGAGUCGAUGCCUCACCCUGACGAGAGAGUCGAGUAUGAGUUCUGGACCAAUAGCAAUGACGAGUGCGGGAUACGAUGCGAAGAGCAGAUGAACUUCGUGAAGAAUUUCAAGGGCCAUGCCCAGAUCCUCGAGAAGGGCGGUUACACUUUGUUCACGCCGCACUAUAUCACUUGGUACUGUCCUCGAGCUUUUACCGAGAGUGGCCAAUGCAAGUCUCAGUGCAUAAACCGUGGGAGAUACUGCGCGCCAGACCCGGAGCAGGACUUUGGGGAGGGAUAUGAUGGAAAGGAUGUGGUGCUUGAGAACUUGAGGCAACUCUGUGUUCAUCGAGUUGCAAAGGAGAGCAACCGCUCCUGGGUUUGGUGGGAUUAUGUGACCGAUUUCCACAUCAGAUGUUCCAUGAAGGAAAAGAAAUACAGCAAACAUUGCGGGGAGGAUGUGAUCAAAUCACUUGGUUUGCCUAUUGAUAAGAUUAAAAGAUGCAUGGGGGAUCCUGAAGCUGAUGUUGAAAAUGAAGUCCUGAAAACUGAGCAGGAGGUCCAGGUUGGCCGAGGAUCUCGAGGUGAUGUCACCAUAUUGCCGACGCUAGUCAUCAACAAUGUUCAAUAUCGAGGAAAAUUGGAGAGAACUGCUGUGCUGAAAGCCUUAUGCGCCGGAUUUAAGGAGGGGACGGAUCCUCCAGUUUGUCUGAGUGCAGAUCUAGAGACCAACGAGUGCCUUUAUAGCAGCGGUGGUUGUUGGUGGGAUGUCCAGUCGAACGUUACAGCUUGCAGAGACACAUUCAGAGGAAGAGUAUGUGAGUGCCCCAAUGUCCAAGGUGUUCAGUACAAAGGAGAUGGCUAUAUAUCUUGCGAAGCAUUUGGACCUGGACGGUGUGCCAUCAGCAAUGGAGGCUGCUGGUCAGAUUCCAAUAAGGGGAUAACCUUCUCAGCAUGCUCAGAGUCUCAAUUGUCUGGAUGCAGCUGCCCACCCGGGUUUCGUGGGGAUGGUCACAAAUGCGAAGAUGUUGAUGAAUGCAAGGAACGUUCUGCUUGUCAAUGCGACGGUUGCUCAUGCAAGAACACAUGGGGUGGAUAUGCCUGCAAGUGCAAGGGAAACCACAUAUACAUCGCGCAGCACGAUACGUGCAUCGAGAGGAAUGGCUCUAGACUUGGAUGGUUCGUCACGGUUUUGGUAUUGGCAGCUGUAGCAGGUGUUGCAACUGCCGGAUAUAUCUUCUACAAAUACAGGCUCCGGUCUUACAUGGACUCGGAGAUCAUGGCAAUCAUGUCUCAAUACAUGCCGCUCGACAACGACCACCCACCUGAAGUUCAAACAGACGUUCAGCCGCUACGAGGAAGAACGACGGUGUGAGGGAGAGACAAUACACAGAGUGCCAUGUGAAAGCAGUGACGAGAGGAAGUUGCUUCCUGCCGAGGGCGGACUAUAUUUUCUUUUCCUUGAGCCAUGGUUUACAUUCCGGGGUGGUUUCGUUCAUCGCAACACAACUUAGGAUUGUGCUAAUUAUAUCACACAAGGAUAAGUCUUGGCAGACCCCUCUUGCUUUCUGGACAGGAGUUGUUGAGUUGUAUAUAUGGGCAUUAGCUAUAAGCCUCAGUCUGGGGGGUUCACGUAGAGAUUUUACAGAUGUGAAGAAAUAAGGUGAAAGAACCAUAAUGUACUAGAGCACUUACAAUAGAUGUCAGUAGCAAAGCAGUUGCAAUAGAUCUAUCCAUAUUCCUUAUCUUACAGCGAGAUGAUGGUGACCACUGUUCAUUGAGUUCUGUUUUCAAUUGGCGUACCUGUUUCCGGCCUGAAAUAUGCAAGAGAUGGAUGGUUCUUUACAUGCACCACAGAUUUCGUC